UGUCAUGUACUCGUGUGGACCCAUGAAACAUGAAAUUAUUGUUAAACUGGAAACCUCCUCACUUUAUCACUCUCUCCGCCUGUGUCUCCUCCUCAUCGUUAGCUAACUCAAUUCCAAAUCUCAAUUUGAAAUCGAAUCCAUCACUGAUUACGUGAUUCAUGGCGGAGUUUCUUGAUCUGGAAUCCCAGGAUGGCGUCCGGAUGCCCUGGAACGUCAUCCCCGGCACAAAGCAAGAAGCCGCCAACGCCGUCGUCCCCGUCGCCGUAAUCUACACUCCCAUCAAACACUUCCCCUCAUCCGCCGCCCCUCUCCUCCCAUACCAGCCUCAGCGCUGCCGCACCUGCCGCUCCGUUCUCAACCCCUUCUGCAUCGUCGAUUUCGCCGCCAAGAUCUGGAUCUGCCCCUUCUGCUUCCAGCGCAACCACUUCCCCCCUCACUACGCUUCAAUCUCCGACGACAAUCUCCCUGCUGAGCUUUUUCCACAGUACACAACAAUAGAGUACGCGUCCACACCUGAUCCUACCGCCACCGUCCCGCCGGUGUUCCUCUUCGUCGUUGACACGUGCGUCAUCGAGGAGGAGAUUGGAUACCUACGCUCCGCCCUGCUUCAGGCGGUGGAGCUUUUGCCGGAGAAUUCGCUUGUGGGAUUGAUCACGUUUGGGACCUUCGUGCAUGUUCAUGAGUUAGGGUUCGCUCAGGUUCCUAAGACUUAUGUUUUUAAAGGCUCUAAGGAUGUUUCGAAGGAUCAGUUGCUUGAGCAGAUGUGCUUCUUUGCCAAUAAGCCGAAGCCGGCCGUUGGCGUCAUUGCCGGCGCCCGGGAUGGCCUGUCCAGGGAGAGCAUUUCGCGGUUCUUGGUGCCUGCUUCGGAGUGCGAGUUCACCCUGAAUUCGGUUUUGGAGGAGCUGCAGAAGGAUCCUUGGCCGGUGCCUGCUGACCAGCGUGCGACGAGGUGCACCAGUACUGCACUGAGCAUAGCAGCCAGUUUGUUGGGGGCAUGCGUUCCUGGCUCGGCCGCAAGAAUUAUGGCUUUCAUUGGUGGGCCGGCAACUGAAGGACCUGCUCCUAUUGUGUCCAAACAACUUACUGAACCGAUUCGUUCCCACAAGGAUUUGGAUAAAGAUUCUGUGCCACAUUACCAUAAAUGUGUGAAAUUUUAUGAUGGACUUGCAAAGCAGCUUGUACAUCAAGGUCAUGUGCUAGAUCUCUUUGCUUGUGCUCUUGAUCAGGUUGGCAUUGCUGAGCUUAAAACUGCUGUUGAGAGGACUGGUGGCCUUGUUGUACUUGCUGAAAGUUUUGGUCAUUCAGUUUUCAAGGAUUCACUUAAGCGUAUUUUCCAAGCCUCUAAUUAUGAUCUUGGUCUAUCAUCAAAUGGAAUAUUUGAGAUAAACUGCUCUAAGGACUUGAAAGUUCAAGGUAUUAUUGGCCCUUGUGCAACUCUUGAAAAGAAAACCCCAUUGUGUUCAGAUACUGUUAUUGGUCAAGGAGGUACUAGUGCAUGGAAGAUGUGUGGCCUUGACAAAUCCACAUCGUUGUGUCUGUUUUUUGAUGUUGUGAGAAAGGAAACUCCUGAUGCUACAGUGCAGUCUACAAGCAAUCAGUUUUACUUCCAAUUCCUGACUUAUUAUCAGAGUAACAGCGGGGAAAUGAGACUUCGAGUUACAACUCUUUCACGUAGAUGGGUUGCUGGACCAGGAAGUUCACAGGACUUGAUAGCUGGAUUUGACCAAGAAGCAGCUGCUAUAGUCAUGGCACGCCAAGUCUCUUUCAAAAUGGAAACAGAGGCUGAAUUUGAUCCCAUCAGAUGGUUGGAUAAGGCAUUGAUAAACUUGUGUUCCCGGUUUGGAGAAUAUCAGAAGGACAGUCCAACUUCUUUUAGUUUGUCUCCCAGGUUGUCAAUAUUCCCACAAUUUAUGUUCCACUUACGACGUUCUCAAUUUGUUCAGGUCUUCAAUAAUAGUCCAGAUGAGACUGCAUACUUUAGAAUGAUAUUGAACCGCGAAAAUGUUGCCAAUUCUGUUGUCAUGGUUCAGCCUUCGUUGAUUACCUAUUCAUUCCAUUCAGGUCCUGAACCAGCUCUUCUUGAUGUGGCAGCCAUUGCUGCUGACAGGAUCCUGCUUUUGGAUUCAUUUUUCACUGUUGUUAUUUUUCAUGGUUCGACCAUUGCUCAAUGGCGCAAGGCUGGAUAUCAUAAUGAACCAGAACAUCAGGCAUUUGCUCAGUUACUACGAGCUCCUCAUGAUGAUGCAGAGUCGAUAAUAAAGGAAAGAUUUCCCGUACCUCGCCUAGUUGUUUGCGAUCAGCAUGGUUCCCAGGCGCGAUUUUUACUAGCAAAGUUAAAUCCUUCUGCUACUUAUAACUCCGACGCUGCUCUUCCUGGAGGAGAUAUUAUCUUUACGGAUGACGUUAGCUUCGAGGUCUUUCUGGAUCAUUUACAGAGAUUAGUGGUUCAAUAGAAAUAUCACGUGAUUGUUAUGUAAAAUUUUCCAUGUUGCUGCUUGUACAUUAAUUUCCUUUUAGAAUACUAUUAAAAUUUUCAAUUAGUGCAAAAUCAUCUAUAAUUAUUUGAA